CAUUCGCCACCAGUCUCCUCCUCCUUCUCUUCCUCCUUCCACCGUUUUCUUCCGCCAUGCAAAUUUUUUCUUUAACUUUGAUGCUACCAAUUCUCUUCUCUUCUCUGGUUCUGCUGCUGUUAUUGCUGCUACUGCCCGCUCUUUGUCAAUGGCGCAGCCGCAACCACAAGCGCCUUCCUCCUGGGUCAAUGGGUUGGCCUUACAUCGGAGAAACUCUAAAACUAUACACUGAGAAUCCAAAUUCCUUCUUUUCCAACAGACAGAAAAGGUAUGGAGAUGUGUUCAAGACUCAUAUAUUGGGAUGUCCUUGUGUGCUCGUUACGAGCCCCAAGGCCAUAAGGGAGGUUCUGGUGUCUCAGGCAGAUCUGUUCAAGCCAACUUACCCACCAAGCAAGGAGAAGAUGAUUGGACCAGAGGCAAUAUUCUUCCACCAAGGUGCUUAUCAUGCACGGUUGAAGAAGCUAGUUCUGGCCUCCUUUCUCCCCUCAGCAAUCAGAGGGUUGGUUUCGGAGAUUGAGCAUCUUGUUUUAAGAAUUCUACCUGCUUGGGACAAUACCACCAUCAACACUUUGCACGAAAUGAAAAGGUAUGCUUUUGAUGUGGCAAUGAUUUCAGUCUUCGGAGGAAAACAAGACCUAGACAUGGAAGGAAUCAAGUGCCUGUAUCAUCGCCUGGAGAAAGGCUACAAUUCUAUGCCUUGGAAUCUACCAGGAACUCCAUUUCACAAGGCAAUGAAGGCAAGAACACUUCUGAACUUGAAAUUAAGGAAACUGAUUAAAGAGAGAAGAGAAAGUAGGAAACAAGGAGGCGGCUUGUUGGGAGUCAUGCUGAGCGCAGGAGAUAAUGACAAGAUUGACCAGCUGAGUGAUUCUCAAAUCGCCGAUAACAUAAUCGGAGUUAUCUUUGCCGCCCAUGACACCACCGCCAGUGCACUUACUUGGGUUUUCAAAUACUUGCAUGAUAAUGGAGAUCUGCUAGAAGCUGUCACGAGGGAACAAGAAGGAAUUCAACGCAAAUUAAUUGAGGAAAAUCGGAGGCUUACGUGGGAUGAUACUAAGCACAUGCCUUUGACCUCCAGGGUGAUUCAAGAAACGUUAAGAAGAGCAAGCAUACUGUCAUUCACAUUCAGGGAAGCCGUCAAAGAUGUUGAGUUUGAAGGCUUCUUCAUCCCCAAAGGGUGGAAGGUACUCCCACUCUUCAGAAGCAUUCAUCACUGCGCAGAUUUCUUCCCUAAUCCCGAAAAAUUUGACCCAUCGAGAUUCGAGACGCCACCUAAACCUAACACAUAUAUGCCCUUUGGGACUGGAGUGCACUCUUGUCCAGGCAGUGAGCUGGCAAAACUCGAAAUGCUUGUCCUCCUCCACCACCUCACCACCACCUAUAGGUGGAAAGUUGUGGGAGACGAAGAUGGAAUACAGUAUGUCCCUUUCCCUGUGCCCAAACGUGGUUUGCCAAUAAAAGUUAUCCCCAGGAAGAACAGAUAGGCAAUUUAUAUGAAAUUACAGGAUAUCUGAUUCUCAGCAAUAUUAUUUUGUAAUGGAAGUUUUUUCCUUUGUUAUUUACUCUUCCCCAGUUUGGUCGGCAUGCAAUUCCUCUGUUGUAACUGUACAAAGGCCGUCCUGGGGAUGAGUUUUUUCUUAGUUUGUUUGGCUGCAAUGUAAUAUGUUCUCAUGAACAAUAAUGAAAAUAAAGGCAAAAU